AUCAGUUAAUUCACCUAGUGUUCUCACUUGCACCAUUUAUCAUGUUACCUGUUCAUACUAUAUAUGCAUAUAGGCUACUGACAAGCACCUAUAGGAGUGAAGCGGGCCAGUGUGAAGCCUGUGAUAACAAACAGGGACUAAAACCUUGUUGACAGUUUUUCACGCUGUAAUGUUUUGCAUAGCAACAGCCCCUCCCCCAUCCAACUGACAGGGAUCCUGUGCACGUUACCCAGCAGGGAGAAAAACGUAAACAUCCCAGUAUUCAGAAUUAAGCUGUCAAAUAAAGCGAGAUAUCCGUAUCUUUCAUGUCGGUGGUACUAUAUUACACCCACGGACAAACAUGUGUGCAAAAACACAGCAAUUAGUGUCUCUUCAAUCACCAAUGCACCACUGAAACAGUUAACUCUGUACCCGGAAAGGGCGAAGUCUGCACAGCAACAAGCGCCAUGAUUGCGUUGCACUGAGCGUCUCAGCAGCUGGAAGCCAUGGAGGAGCUAGAAGAGGAACUUAUGUGCCCAAUCUGCUGCUCUUUCUUCGAGGAUCCACGAGUCUUGUUGUGCUCACACAGCUUUUGCAAGAAAUGCUUGGAGGGACUCUUGGAAGGGAACCGAGGUCCAGCUUUUAGAGCACCUUUGAAAUGCCCCACAUGCCGCAAAGAGUCCCCUCACAACGGCGCAAAUAGCCUGCAGAUCAACUAUUCUCUGCGCGGAAUUGUAGACAAAUACAGCAAAUUAAGGGUCAUGCCUAAAAUGUCUGUUUGUAAACAACACUACGAACAGCCUCUCAACAUAUUUUGCGCCACAGACUCAAAGCUUAUUUGUGGAAUUUGCUUAGCAGAUGACCACAAAGGGCAUACAUUCUGCUCCUUGGAGGAGGCAUAUAACAGGGAGAAGGGGGCGUUUGAAGAGCUGCUUCGCUGGGUGAAGAGCUGCCAGAGCGGAGAUAUCGUGCCCCGCCUGGAGACACUACAAACCAAUAAGAAAAAGGCGCUUCAGUCGGUGACCAAAGAAGCAGAAAAGGUAACGGACUAUUUCGACAAACUCAUCAGUGCCCUACAAUGUAAAAAGGAUGAAAUCCUCUGCGAUUUUGAAACACUGAAACUGGAGGUGUUGCAAGCAUACGACCCGAAGAUCACCAAGCUGGCCGCAGUGCUGGAGGAGCAGGAAAAGGCGCACAGCAUCGCUGAGUCUUUCAGAAGCGUCUCCGACCCCCUGUGCUUUCUGCAGCACAUGCAGGAGUUUCGGGAGAAGCUGAGGAUCAUUAAGGAGACUCCGCUACCCUCACGGAAAGACAUGUACGUCGGACCAUUUGUGCGCAGCUUCGAUGUCAAAAAGUGGGAUUCACUAAGGCUUGGAGCAGUGGACAAGAUCUCAGUCCCACAAGAGAGUGGCUCAUGCCGAGCGGGGAGCUCACGGAUGACAGCGUUCCGUUGGAUCUACUUGUUUAUAUUCAUUAUAUCCAUCCCGGUCGUUACACUCCUGCUGCUGCCCCACAGCCUUGCAACAAGCUCACUGUUUGAACCAGUUCUUACUACAGUUUCCUCGCACUUUACCCACAUUGGUGUGCAGCUCCUAGAAAUGAUUGACAAGUGCACAAGUUUGAUAGGUGCAGGUCAACAAUGUGUCAUGAACUUAAUUGACUACACUGUCACCUUUAUUAGCAGUUGUAAGUUGUUUCAGUAACUAACCUGAUGCACCUCAUGCACUCAAGCUACUACGUUUUCAAACUGAGACACAGAAAUGACAGGUAUACACCUGAGUGGACGGAAACACCUGAUUGUUUAUCAUGUAGUUUUAUUUUUCGUCCAAGUUCCAACCUCAAUGACGUCAUAGACUAAAAGCAUCAACCCUUAAUCCUCAGAGGAUGGAACCAUUUAUAUCAGACCACAGCUUUCUUUCUAAAAACAAAUGUGCAGUCUAUUCCUUUUAAUAUGAUUACAGUUUUAUACCUCUUCGACAUUAUCAUGAUAAAUAAAACAGAAAUUGAAGACACAUCCAUGUUUAUUUGUUUUUUUUUUAAUGCGACAGGCCAAAGCACACAGCUACAUACUGACACACGCGAGCCAAUGAACUAAUUGUACCAUGCAGACCUCUUAAAAGAAAGUAAUAAAACGAAUGCACUGUGUACUUCAUGCCCUCUUGCCCGCAGAGCGCGUCCGCAUCACAGUGAUGCUGCAACCUCUUCAAGGUUACAAACGUUACAUAACAGGGCCCGUGUCAAAUAUUCAGCGGGCUGCAGAAACACCGAGAGGGAAAAACCCCACACUGUCCUGACAUUUUUUCACGAAUCCAACCCACACCUCUGUGUUCCCUCUGUCAUUUCUAAUAAAACUUAGGCAAGACUGCGUGAUUGUCAAGCGGGCGGGGCAGUCACUUUAUUUCUACACAAAAUGAGCUUGAGGAGCUUCAUGCGACUCACUUGUUGGAUGGUUUAUCCGGGCUACAGAGAUGCACAUCUGCAGGGUGUCAGAUUAAAAGUACCGUGUAGACUAAUAUACUGUUAGGCUUCCGGAUUUGAAAAUGAACAGCCAAAUGGAAGUUAUUAAAAUUAGAAUAGCUGAGCUCAUCGCCAGCUGUGGCUAUUGAUAUAAUUCAGAGCAAAUGAACAUCGACCAGUUAUCCUUUCACUUAUGUUGCCUGUUUUCCUGAAAUACAUUUUGGGGGGUUGAAAAAUGGAUCCUAAAAUCAGACCACAAAGUGAAUCUAUGUCAACGCUGACCAUAUUUCAGGAUGUACAUGUACGUCAUGGUGCCCUUGUAACUUUAUUGCCAGGCGAAAAUAAAAACACAACACUACCUUAAUAUUUUGUCACUGCACCCAAAUUUAAAUAUAGCUUGGCAGACGUCAACUCGGCCCAAACUGAUUGUGAGUGUCAGUGUAACUGGGACUUUUCUGAUAAAUCUAUGGCGCAUCACAGGCCCACCUUAUAUCAAAGUGGGCCCCUGAUGGUUGAUUUAAGUCACAAUGUAAACAGCAAGUAGCUAAAUGUCCAAACAAUUAGGAAUAACCCGUGAAUAAUCGCAUCUCUGGAUAAGGUCCCGCUGUCUUAAACCUCUUUACACAGUGGGUCUGAGGCUAUAUGAUGGUAUUUCCAGACCUUGUUGUGUUAUUCCUGUUAUUAUAACGUCUUUUCACCUUAUUUCCUAUAGUUACAAUAUUAAUUUCACACAAUGACCGUUUUAGGUUUUUAAGUGCUUGCAUGCCAGUGUAAGCGCAUAAAAGUCCAGCGGGUGACCGUGACACUGAGUGUGCUAUUCUACUAUUAUACUGUUAACUACAGGCUACACGGCCGAUGCAAAAUAAAAUAAGCUAAAAUAAGUCAAACUGUGAAAUUCUACUAUUUGCUGCAUCCACAUGUUGAUGUGCCGUGUGGAGUCAAGUUUCCAACACAUUAAAUCACCGCACUUAGGAAACCAUCUAAGAAUUUACCAAUUAGGCGACUACAAUUAGCUUUUUUACCCAAUACUCACUCAGAAAAUGUAUAUUCGGAGAUGAUGUAGCAGUAUGAAACAAUGCACAGGGUAUUAUUAUACGCAGGCAAAUCUUUUAAAACAAAACCGGAAUGUUAGAAAAUAGGCCUAUAUAUAAUUUAUAUAUGUUAGAUGUAUAUCCUUUCCCAUUUGCACAACUGCAAUGCUCCAGUGAUUUAAACCCGCCAAUUUGGAUUAUGUUCACUCUUCUCUAUUAUUUUGCAUCACAUUUACCAAAUAGCCCACCGUAUUUCCGGGUUAUUUAUAGGUUAAUUAUAGUUGCACAAACAAAUAUUGAGAUUUCGGAAUUGUGAAUAAAAAGACACGUAAGGCCAAAUGAUAAAACUUGCUGCAACAUGCAAACUAUUAGGCUACUGGACCUAGUCAUUUCUUUCUCUCUUUACAUUUUCAACAAAAAGCAAGAUCUGGUCUAUACGCGGUUGUAAACAGAUGAAACCGCUGCUUCUUCUUUCCAGACACCAGGUUUGGAAGCUUUUGUUUAAAGGGUUUUUCAGCAGCAGGUCCGCCCGGAGCCGGCCGCCUAAAAGGCCAAAGAUUUACCAGUGUUCGCCUCGCGACUCUAAAAGUCUACAAAAACAGCAUAAAUUACUUUUUGUUUUGUUUUUUCUAAAUAAUUUUAACUUAUGUGGGAUUUAUCAUCAGCCCAUGUCCUAGUACGCAUGGCCUUCGCAAGCAUUUUAGUCCAGUUACAGGAUGCCAUAUUCUUCGUUACAACAUUGCAUGGUUUCAGUGACUAUCACAAUAUACUACCAAAGGUUUGUAAUCAUAAAAAAUAAAAAUAGUCCCUAAGCGAGCAAAACGAUAAAGAGCCGUCAGGAUAAUCGGGCCUAAACCCGGUAGAGGUCGGUCUUGUUUUCCAAAUUAAAUAAAAUACACUGCCUAUUUAGAAUUGUGAGGUAAGUAUGGUGUACAAAGUAUAAUAAAUAUAAUUGUAUUCCGCAGUAAAUGUGGGUCAGGGUUGCCGAUCAGGUUGGACAUCUGUGUCGCUGCUAGAAGGCCAUGCAGGCAAAGUGCAAGAUUUCUUUGUGGAUGAGUAGUACUAGUGUGUCCGAAAAACUAAAAUAAAAGUAUUAUUUAAAUAUCAACCUUCUAUGCUAUAUCACAGUAUUGUAUUAAACUGGAAGUUUAACAUGAUCAAAACACAUUACAGACCAAACUCGAUUUAAACUUUUAUUUUUGCAAGUGUGCAGACACAACAGUGGGAUAAAUGUAAAGAGAAGUGUAUACGUUUUAACUAGCAAAACCAUACUGUGAUGGUUAACGUAAUCUGUGUAUAUAAUGCACCGAUGAGUAUCUCUUAUGAAAACGAAAACAAACGAAGAAAGAGAAAAAAAAACAAAACAAAAAAAAAAACGGUGUGUGUGCUUGUGUUUUCAUUCCACCAGGAUGGUUUGAGUACACUUGGUUAGUUGCAAAGACUGAGUGGUCAGCUUUGCUUCAGCAGCACGAUCAAUACUGGAGGCUUCACUUAGUCUUAACUCCAAUAUUUACGUGCUGCUACAGUAAAGUGACCAGCAGAUGAGAACAACUUAUCAGGAAAACAACUAUGAGGCAUUAAUUCAGACAGAGAACACUACUAUAUAGGCAAGAGUGCCAAUGAACAAGCCAACUUUAAUUAUCACUAAAAUAGUAGAAGAGAGGCCGAAGAACAGGAUGUGUAUUCAGGUUUUAAUGCAGCAGCACAGUAUGGCCUGUAUCUCAGUGUAACCCACAAACCAUUCCGUGCUGCUACAGCAUCACCAGAAAUAAAGUCACCGUCCCUCAGCUUCAAGCUCUUUUCAUCUUCUGUGUUAUUUGCACUCUCUUCUUCCAGGCUUCAAGUCCUUGUCAUGUUCAGACGGGUACAGACGUACUACCUAUCAUGU